UUGUCCGAAAUCUCUGUUAAUUCUUUGUUUACAAUCGAUGGAUGACGCUGCAAUGGCGACGAGCACUUCAUCUUCCUCCUGCAAUUUCGCGCUUCUGGAGUCUCUAACCGGAGAUUCUGUCCAAGCAAUUGCGAAGAGCUGGAGUGGCUUUUGCUCCGUUACGGAAGCUCUACUGCGAAGCAGUGCCGAUUUAUCCCUCAACUCCGAGCUCAUUUCCAAUGUUCACUGCCUCUGCAACCACGGCCUCGACUCUCUGCUUAUAGAUCACUUCCUUCAUUCAGUUCAGAAAACCUUUGAAGAAAAUGGUGCAUCGAGGUUUUGGAGGCAUUUUGAUCCUUACAGAAAUGUUGCUGCACUUGAAAUGACAAAUGAUCCGAUCCUUGAGGAUCAGAUUCAGCAACUAUUAUGUAAAGCUUUGGAAGAGAUAUCAUCUGAAAAGCAAUACCACGAGAAGUGCCUAUUGUUAUUGAUUCAUGCUUUACAAUCAUACAAAGAGAUUACGCCAGAAGGGUGUCUCACCAUGGAUCGCCAACGAGACUAUCUUUUCUCAAAAUAUCAGCUAAUGGUUUCUUCGGUUCUUAUGGCCAGUCUUCCUAGGCAUUUUCCUGAGUUGCUGCAUUGGUACUUCAAGGGAAGGUUGGAGGAAUUGAACACCAUCGCAGCAGGCGGUUGUGAAGAUGAAAAUGAAUUAGGAUCUGAUGUUGACAUGGAUCCAGAUGAGAAAUGCAAACUUCCAAACAGAAACAGUGAUAUGGAUAUUGAUAUGAGUCACCAGCAAACAAGGUUUUCAGAGAACAAUAAACUAGUGAAGAGCAUUGGAAUGGUUGUUCGUGAUCUGAGAAGUCUUGGAUUUACAUCUAUGGCUGAAGAUGCUUAUGCUUCUGCUAUAUUUUUACUUCUACAGGCCAAGGUUCAUGAUUUGGCUGGUGAUGAUUACAGAAGCUCUGUUUUGGAAUCUAUCAAACUCUGGAUACAGGCAGUGCCCCUCCAGUUUUUGCAUGCACUUCUUGCAUAUCUUGGUGACUCCAAUAGCACUGAAAGUCCAUCUUCUGGUCUUAAAUCACCUCUUGCAUCUCAUCGUUCUUCAUGUUAUUUUGGAACUGAAAUUCCAUCUGAGGGACUUGUUAGAUGGAAACUCCGGUUGGAAUAUUAUGCUUAUGAGACCUUGCAAGAUCUAAGGAUAGCCAAACUUUUUGAAAUCAUUGUGGAUUACCCAGACAGUUCUCCUGCUAUUGAAGACUUAAAACAAUGUCUUGAAUAUACUGGGCAACACUCAAAGUUGGUCGAUUCCUUUAUCUCAUCAUUGAAAUAUCGAUUACUAACAGCUGGUGCCUCAACCAAUGACAUAUUGCAUCAAUAUGUCUCAACAAUCAAGGCACUUAGAACUAUAGAUCCAGCAGGUGUGUUCCUUGAAGCUGUUGGUGAGCCAAUACGGGAAUAUCUGAGGGGUAGAAAAGACACAAUCAAGUGCAUUGUGACAAUGCUCACUGAUGGGACUGGUGGUAAUCCCAAUGGAGCAGGAAGCUCAGGGGAUAGCCUUCUAGAAGAAUUAAACCGAGAUGAAGAAAAUCAAGAUAAUACCAAUGUUGAUGAUGAUUUUAAUGCUGACGACAAACAAGCAUGGUUGAAUGCACAAAGCUGGGAGCCUGACCCUCUAGAGGCUGACCCAUUGAAGGGAAGCAGGCAUCGAAGAAAAGUUGACAUACUUGGCAUGAUUGUCAACAUAAUAGGUUCAAAGGAUCAGUUGGUUAAUGAAUAUCGCGUAAUGCUUGCAGAAAAGCUGUUAAACAAAUCUGAUUAUGACAUUGACUCAGAAAUACGUACUUUGGAACUUCUCAAGAUUCAUUUUGGAGAAAGCAGCAUGCAGAAAUGUGAAAUUAUGCUCAAUGAUCUGAUUGAUUCAAAAAGAACAAAUACAAACAUAAAAGCAACGCUCAAGAAUCAACCUCAACCAGUUUCUGAGCAUGAGAUACCUCUGGACAAACUUAAUGCUACAAUUUUAUCUUCAAAUUUCUGGCCACCUAUCCAGGAUGAGCCACUUAGCUUACCAGGGCCUGUAGACCAGCUCUUGAGUGAUUAUGCUAAAAGAUAUACUGAAAUUAAGACCCCAAGAAAGCUGCAUUGGAAGAAAAAUCUUGGUACAGUGAAGCUGGAGUUGGAAUUCGAAGAUAGAGCAAUGCAGUUCACAUGCACCCCGCUCCAUGCUUCCAUUAUUAUGCAAUUUCAAGAUCAAAAGAGGUGGACAUCUAAAAAUCUUGCAGCUGCUCUGGGAACACCUGUGGAUGUUCUAAAUAGGAGAAUAAACUUUUGGACAAGCAAGGGGGUUCUUGCAGAAUCAGUGGGACCAGAUUCUAGUGAUCACCUGUUUACUCUGGUGGAGGCAUUGACUGAUACUGGUAAAACUGGUGUUAGUAGCGGAAACUGUGAUGAACUUUUGGCUGGCGAAGAAGACAGAGAGAGAUCAGUAGCCUCUGUUGAGGAUCAGUUGCGGAAAGAAAUGACUGUCUAUGAGAAAUUUAUCAUGGGAAUGCUCACCAAUUUUGGAAGCAUGGCAUUGGACCGCAUUCAUAAUACCCUAAAGAUGUUUUGCAUUGCUGAUCCAGCGUAUGACAAGUCACUCCAACAGCUUCAGAGCUUCUUAUCUGGUCUCGUGGCCGAGGAGAAGUUAGAACUUAGGGAUGGAAUGUAUUUCCUCAGGAAGUGAUGGAAUUGUUCAUUUGACAUUCACUAGAUGUUUACCAAAAAGGGAUGAUGAUUUAGUAUUGACAAGUCCAAUGAUUUGGCAAUGUUUUGUUAUUGUCAAAUCUAUAGCCAUCUUUCGCAAGAGUAUAUGGAAAGCUCAAUCUGUGUCAAAUUAGCAUCAGAAGGAUCUAUGGACGGAUUGAUGAAGUUCAGGAUAUAGUUCAUCAACCCUAGGAUAUAGUCCACCAACGAAGUCUGAAAGCUUUAGUUAUUUAAAGAAAAAUGGUUGUUAAUAUGAUUCAAUUGUAUUUUUUGUAAUAGGUUUACAAAUGAUUUGUUGAGUUUUGCAUUUUAUAUUAGCGUUUUACUGCA